AUGCUCGAACCGGAAGUGUUCUUUCCAGCACUUGGCGCAAAGAUAAACGGCCUUGGAUGGUGGUUCGGCUAUUGGGGAUACGAUGUUGGACCGUUUUUAUGCGCCUACAUUGUUGAUUGCGGAUGUCAGAUUUUAGCGUCACUCGAUCUCUGCAUCACCUAUCGUUACUGUUCUCUUUUGCAUGGAAUGGAAUACUGGAAGACUUGGCUCUUUUACCUACAUUUUAUCAGUGCUUACAUCGUUUCUUGGUCUAUCUCGUUGUCACUCCAACAAGCACACGUUCCUUUAGAGAAAUUUCUCGAAAAAGCGAAACAAGACGGAACCUAUGAUCAUAUUUUACCGUACAUUCAAAAUGAUCCAAAUGCGCAAAUCUUUGGGUAUUCUUUGGAGAAAGUCGGAUGGAUUUUCGGGCUUGCUGGGGUGGUUCUUUUUUCGAUUGGCUUCUUAGUGAUCAAAAACUCGUUUCUACUGUGGCGAUUGUUGAGCCAAUUCGGGAAACUCAAUUUGAGUUCCACAACGGCGAGGCUUCAUCGACGAUUGACUGUUUUGGUUGCUAUGCAGAUAACGUAUCCAUUUGUCGCUUUCUCUGGACCGGUCAUCGUUUUCACCGUCUCUGUGCUGAUGCGUUGGAAUUGGGUUUAUGGAUCAAAGGUUUUCCACUGGAUUGUCGAGAGUUUAAUCUGCAGUUUACCGCUUUUCAACGGUGUUACAACGCUUUACUUUGUGGCACCGUACAAAGAAGCGUUGAUGAAG